UGUGUGUUUUUGUGUGUUCAUGAAGAUGUUGAUGAUGGAUCAAAAAGAUGGCCGAUGGCCAUUAUAAAAGCCAUGGACAUCAAAAUUUUUACUCAUUUUUUUCCACUGUUUCAUCACCGUAAAACACACACAUUAUAUUCGUUAAAAAAAUGAUGCUCAAGAUUGUCAUCUUAUCUGCCAUAGUUGCCUUAGCUAAUGCUGGUAACAAAAUCAAAUAUAAUGCAUUGACCAUCGGUGAUACAUUGGCACAUCCUGAAAUGGAAUUUGAACUUGGUGAUCCAAAACCAUAUGAUUGGAAAAAUGAACCAACACCAAAACCAUAUGUGAAUGAAUUUAAAAUUGCACAACCACUUGAUGAUGCUGCUCGUCAUGCUGAACCAGAAAUUCCACAACCACCGCAACCAUUUUCAUUUGGUUUCUCAUCAAUGGCCAAUGAUGGUACACAAUCACGGCAAGAAACACAAGAUGCUUCGGGUAAAGUUACCGGUUCAUAUACUAUUGUCGAUGCUAAUGGUGCACAACGUAUUGUUGAAUAUUAUGCUGAUGAUACUGGUUUCCAUGCUAAUAUCAAAUCCAAUGAACCUGGUAUUGAACAAGGUGAACGUGCUGGUGCUACUUAUGAAAAAUUAUAAAGAAAAUAUAAUUUUUAUUAUAAAUAGAAUUUCUAACUAAAAAAAAAAAAAAAUUCAA